AUGCAGUCUGGGAAUUCUUUUAGAGCUGCGAUUCUGCUUUGUCUUGAAAUAAUUUCUGGUUACUUUGAGCAAAGUUGUUCGAAUCUAAUCGGUCCCGCACUUUCGAUAUUUACAGAAAUGUCUGGAGGAUUUUUAGAUGACAAUAAAAUACAUGAAUGCUUUUGUAAAUAUUGUGGAGAACGUAAAAAGAUUGAAGUUAAUUCAAUUCAAUGUAUAAAAUGUAAUUUUUGGGUUCAUGGAGAAUGUGCAGGUUAUAAAAAAGGUGACAUAAGAAAAAUGAAAGAAAGUAAAUUCAAAUGUAAAUAUUGUGUUAAAGAAGAGGAAGAAGAGGAAAAGAAAAAAUUAGCUUUAAUUGGGAUAUAA